AUGGCUAAAAGACACAAAGCUAGAGAUGUUGAUCGUCCUGAACUUCACAUUGUAAAUUAUUUGUCUGAUCCUGAUUAUAGUUCACGGAUGAUGACAUGUGACCACCCACUGCCUCCUGAUCGGUACCAUCCAAGUGUAGAGGAUCAUUUACGGGUUACUGGGUUUUAUCAUGCCUCUCAGAUUGGAGUAGUUCAAGGCCAGAAAGCAUUGAUAAAUGCUUUAGUUGAGAGGUGGCGGCCGGAAACACACACCUUCCACCUUCCGAUUGGUGAGUGCACAGUGACCCUGGAGGAUGUAGCCGUUAUUUUGGGCCUCCCGACGAACGGCCUUCCGGUGACGGGGAUGACCUUGAGCAGCUUUGAAGCAUUGGAGGGUGAGUGUUUCCAUCAGUUUGGGGUUGCACCGAGAAAGGCCGACUGCAGAGGGAGCGGCAUAAAAAUGACAUGGCUUAGGAAUCUAAAAGAACGUAUACAACUGACUGACGAAAACAGUAUGCAGAGGUACGUCAAGUGCCACAUUAUGUUGUUAUUGGGUACUAUCUUACAUGGAGACAAGUCAGGGGCAUCUGUGCACUGGAAGUAUCUGCCUUUGCUCCGGGAUUUUCAUAGUAUCAGUAAUUUUAGUUGGGGAUCGGCAUGUUUGGCGCACCUAUACCGGUCCUUAUGCCGGGCCUCUCGUUUUGAUUGUAAAGAAAUCGAUGGUCCGUUAACACUUCUGCUAGCUUGGUUUUGGAUCCGCCUACCCUAUCUUGCGCCCCCUACUAGGGAACCACGCAGUUUUCCGCUUGCAAACAGGUGGCGUAACUGGGAGCGUGGUGACAAUCGGUAUAGAUAUCUUAGUCUCGCCCACUUUAGAAAGGCGUUAGAUGAGAUUCAGGAAGGGCAGUUCGUGUGGGUUGCUUAUGGUGUGGAUCGCAUUGAUCCGGGCAUAAUCCCAGAAGACAUCUUCCUGCACGCAGUAGUCUGGAGCGCUACGGUUCCGUUGAUUUCAUUCGAAUCUAUUGAGUGGCAUGCAACGGAUAGAAUUAGAAGACAAUUUGGUUUGGUUCAGGGAGUUCCAUCUGAGGAAACAAAUCUGGGAAGGGCACAUGGAGAAACACUUGCUGGUCCUAAGAAUCUUGACUGGGCCACAGCCCCGUCCCAUUCAUGUUGGAUUAUGCGCUGGACAAACAGGUAUAAUAACAUUCUGCGUGAGUAUCUGGAAAAAUGA